CUUUGAUUAACGUCAAAAACCGUAAACGUCAAAAACGUGCCAACGUCAAUCCCUUCUUCCUUCCCCCUCAAAAAAUUUUCUUUUCAUCAAUGCAGAAAUAGGCGAAGAGCAAAUAUAUCACCAGAUAUAUUAUUAGGAACAAAAAAUAAAUAAAGGAAGGAAAAAAAGGGGGAAAUUAAAUUAUGGCAUUUUCUUCAUUGCAUUUUGAUUAUGGACAAGUGAGCCUUUUUAUUCUGAUUUUAUCAUCAUCAAUAAUAUCAGCACAUGCUGCCCCUACUACCAAUGUUCAUAGCUCCUGCAGCAAUGAUAUCAAUACGAUUCUGGUGAAGUUGUGGGUUAAUGGUGCUGAGAAAGAUUCAAUAGUUGGCUUGAGUGCAGCAUUUGGAUCUGUAUUACCCACUGAUACUAAACAUGCCCCCAGAUUGCCUGCUGUUUAUACUCAACCUCCGAAUAGCUGUUCUGCUUCCUCCACCAAGUUAUCAGGCUCUAUUGCACUAGCUCGUCGCGGUGAAUGUGAUUUUCUAAUCAAGGCUACGGUUGCCCAAGCAGGAGGUGCAUCAGGUGUUGUGCUAAUAAAUACUGAAGGAGGUGCUCUGGAGAUUGCUUGUCCUAACAAUUCUACCAUAUCUAAUGUAACCGUUCCCGUCGUUUCAAUUUCAAAUGAUGGGGGAGAUAUUAUUGAUAAAUUCAUAGCUGCAGGAAAGAAAGUGGAGCUGCUGUUAUAUUCGCCAGAUCGCCCUAUUGUGGACUACUCGGUGUCAUUCAUAUGGUUGAUGGCUGUUGGAACAAUUAUUUGUGCAGCUCUUUGGAAAAGAUUUACUCGAUCUAAGGAUGACGAUGUAGUAGCCAAGGAGGAUGAUGAUGAUGAAAUUCUGCACAUUACUGCAUGGACUGCUAUUGGGUUUGUCAUCUCAGCAUCCACAUUUCUGGUGCUACUUUACUUUUUCAUGUCGACUUGGUUUGUCUGGCUGCUGAUAAUACUUUUCUGUAUCGGUGGAAUUGAGGGACUGCAUAACUGCAUAGUGUCGCUCAUACUAAGCAAAUGUAGAAGUUGUGGAAAGAAAACACUGAAUUUGCCGCUUCUUGGGGAGGUCACUAUUCUGUCUCUAGUUGUCCUAUUACUUUGUGUGGCGUUCGCCAUCUUCUGGGCAGUAAACAGGAAAGAAUCAUACUCUUGGAUUGGUCAAGACAUUCUUGGAAUUGCUUUGAUGAUCACUGUUCUGCAGUUGGCUCAGUUGCCUAAUAUAAAGGUCGCUACAGUGCUUCUGUGUUGCGCAUUUGUCUAUGACAUCUUCUGGGUUUUCCUAUCUCCUACCAUAUUCCAUGAUAGUGUUAUGAUUUCAGUUGCUAAAGGUAAGAAAGCUGGUGGAGAAUCAAUCCCGAUGCUUCUGAGGGUUCCUAAACUAACAGAUCCUUAUAAUGGCUUUGAUAUGCUUGGCUUUGGGGAUAUUCUCUUCCCUGGUUUGUUAAUUUGCUUUACAUACAGAUUUGACGAAGCUAGAAAGAAGGGAGUACUAAAUGGAUACUUCCUUUGGCUGAUGAUUGGUUACGGAACCGGUCUUUGCUUUACUUACUUGGGCUUGUAUUUAAUGAAGGGACACGGUCAACCCGCUCUCCUAUAUCUCGUGCCAUGCACACUAGGAACUUGUGUGGUACUGGGUUUGGUGAGACGCGAACUGAAAGACCUUUGGAACAAUAGCGAUGAAUCAAAACAAAUGGCUGAAGAACGUCUGGGAAGCACGCGUCUUGGAAGCGCUUGAUAGAGCUUUCGAAAGUUUAUUGCAUGGGCAAGAAGAAUAUAAAGGUGACAAACACAAGCCAUUUGGUAAAAGCUGUUCAUAUAUAUA